GGAGAGAGUGUGGGGUGACUGUGUAUGUGAAUAAGUACAUGUAAUUUGUCUGUGGUGUGAGCGGGCACUAGUCACUAGCGUGAUUGAGGACAGAACCAGCUUCGAGGAUUAAUAAAAUAAAUAGGUAAAUUAAUAAAAGACAAGUUAGGCUUAGAGGUUAAUAUAAAUAUUUUUAGAGCUACAAUUAUUCUUUUUGGCAGUGAUAGUGCAAACUAUUAGCAACAACUAAACUAAUCUAAUUAAUAAUAAAAGCUAGACUUUUAUACCAUAAAUUGGGUUCGCAUUUGGACCUAAUUUUUUGGGAUAGUUUUUUGGAUAACUUUAGCAGGUUUUUGGUCAGGCUUAUCGCUGUGCCUAACCAUUGACUGUUAAAGGUAUAAUUUUGGACUCUUCACCGGUUGUUAGUUGCUAAAAAGAAAAUAAAACGAAUUUUAUACCAUAAAUUGGGUUUGCUUUUGGACCUAAUUUUUGGGGAUAGCUUUUUUGGAUAACUUUAGCAGGUUUUUUGGUCGGGCUAAUUACUGUGCCUAACCAUUAACUGUUAAAGGUAUAUUUUUGGACUUAUACCGGUUUUAUAAUUUUAGUUGCUAAAAAUAAAAGAAUUGUUAUAAAAUAAAUUGGGUCUGCAUUUGGACCUAAUUUUUUGGGAUAGCUUUUUUGGAUAACUUUAGCAGGUUUUUGGUCGGGCUUAUCACUGUGCCUAACCAUUGACUGUUAAAGGUAUAAUUUUGGACUCUUUACCGGUUUUUAUAAUUUUAGUUGCUAAAAAAAAAAAUAAAAGAAUUUAUUGGGACCACUUUCAGAUAAAUUUAAGUAGGUUUUUGGUCGGGCUUAUUAUUGUGCCUAACCAUAAACUGAUUGGGGUAUACAUUUGGACCUUUUUGUAAUUUAGUUGCCAAAAGGAAAUAAAAGAAAGAAUUUAAUAAGAUAGGUUGAGACCUAGUUUUAGAAUAGCUUUUGGAUAAUUUCAACAGGGGUUUGGUUGGGCUCAGUAUUGGGCCUAACUGAACCUUGCUAGGAUAACACCAAUUAGGGUAAGCACAACAUGGACGGGGAAGAGAAAAUCCCCAUUAAUGUGUGCUCCUUUGAGGAGUUUAGGUUGCUAGGGCUAAGUCCAGCUCUAGCAGGGAUAAUCCAGGGGAUUAGACUUGAUCAUGGGGAGAUAACCCCCGAGCUUUUCGAAAGCAGCCCAGCGCUAUGCAGCAAUAGGGAGCUAGCACAAAGAGUAGACUUUUCGGGGGGCACCCAGGGGGUAGAGGGCAGUAUUUUUAUUACCCCUAGGGGGCGCCUCACUGCGGGCACCCGUAGCGAGUCUGACCUGAAUGGGGUGGCAGGUUCCAGGGGUGUUUACCCCUAUGACCAACACCAGCCCCCUAGGUCAAGUCAAAGUAACCAGUCUAGUGGGUCCUGGGGCACCAGCUCAUCUCACUUCCGGGAGGAGCGGGGGCAUGAGCCCCCAAGCACCAGAGGGGGAGAUAUGGGGAGUGGUGUAGAGCCUAGGUUUAGGCUCAGGAAUCUAGUUGGCGAGGAGGCUAAUGGUGCCUCUGUCAAUAGACUUAUGCAGGCGAGUGGCGAUUCAAGCAAAUGGUCUGGGGGCGAUGACCCCACCACCAAGCAAGCGGUAGCCAUGAGGUCCAAGGUAGGUGAAGGAAGGGGCUCCUUGGCCCCACCCCCUACCCCAGAUUUCAGCGCAAGGAAUGUGCGGGCGGGUAUGACACGCCCAGCCCAGUACAGUUCGUCUUCGCCGCCUAGUAGCCCGGCUGCGUCACCUGCGAACUCUAGUGCUUCCUCGGGAAGGGGGACUGGCGGUGGGUUACCAUAUUACACGCUGCCAAAGUCCCUCACUUUCGACGGCAAGGGUAACUGGAGGGCUUUCUUUAGGAAGUUCUCCCCCUUUGCUGAUCACCAUAAUUGGAAUGCCACAGAGCGCGUUAGCCAGCUAUACUGGGGCCUGAAAGGGAAGGCAGAAGAUUAUCUGUUAAUGGUCCUAGACCAAGAGCCCAAUAUGCCAUAUUCAGGUCUAGUGGCCCGGCUGCAGCACAGGUUCGGGGAGGAAGGGCUCUCUGAAUCUGCUCAGCUGGAGUUUGUGGCAGCAAAGCAGGGACCCACUGAAUCCCUGCCAGACUGGGCCGACCGGGUGCUCCGGCUAGCGACGCGUGCUUUCCCAGGGGUCGAUGGCCCUUACCCGAAUAGACAGGCGGUCCUUCGCUUGUGCCAGGGCGCCCUCAACCGAGAGGCGGGGUGCCAUGCGCUUACGCGUAAUCCGUCAACUGUUAAUGAGGCACUUAAGUAUAUUGAGUGGCACCAACACGUGCACCGCGCAAUGUACGGGCGUCCCAAGGCAGUGUCUAAGGCUAAUGAAGGGGAGGUCCGUAAAGUGGAACUGCCCCAAUCCUCUUGUAAGGCUGAAGGGGAGGCGAACAAUGCAGCCCUUGAUCGAAGGUUGGUGAACCUAGAACGCAAGACCGAUGAACGCUUGGGCCACAUCGAGCGGGAUCUGCAGCGUCUGGGUGGUUUGGAACGGGACCUCAAGAAGGUCCUGGAGGCUAUCCAGACUAGGCCCCAACCAGCGCGUGAACGCGGGAGGUCACCUGGUCGGGACCGGUGCUAUGAGUGCGGCGGGAUUGGCUACUACAGGAACAAUUGUCCUUCGGUCCAGGAAAACAGGGCCAAGGUACAAGUUUCCUUUGUAGGGGACCAGGAGGAGGAAAACUCCAGCGGGUCGGAGGAGCUGGCCAGCCCCCGGCCCCCACCGCCAGAGGCCAAAUAGAGGGUUCCAAGCUAGCAAGCAGCUCAGAGGGGCCAUCUGUAGGCUCAUCUGAAGGAAUAACAGAGGGCGUGUCAGAGCGCCUGAUAGUCCCAGGGAAUAAUGUAACCGGAAUAGCUACUUAUGUAGAGGCUGCGGCGAGGGAUCCAGUUCCCUCGAACACCCGAAUAUCAGACCUGGGUGAAGCCAUUCUGGAAUCAGUUCCAGAUGCUCUCCCUGGGCUUGGGUGUGCAAGCGAGAUUGAAGAGGUAGUGGUGUGUAGGUUGGAGUCGCGCUCUACUCUCAAGGUCUCAGUUGUUAUAGGGGGGCAGCCAGUAAGCGCAGUUGUAGAUACCGCAGCCGAGGUGUCCAUCAUCUCGGAUAGGCUCCUGCAGUCACUGGACCCCAAGCCCCCUAAACUGAGAGAAGUGAUCCUACAUGCAGCGGGACGGGAUAUGAAGAUGAGAGGGACAAUUGUCGGUCCCCUUUCAAUAGAGCUUGGGAACCAGACGUUCUCGGAGGAAGUAUAUGUAGCCCCUAUAGCUGAUCAUAUGCUCCUGGGAUUAGAUUUCCUCAGCAAGCGCAAGGCUGCGAUUCACCUCCUAGAUCCGCAUAUGCAGUUGGGAGGUCAGAGGAUUCCACUUUGGUAUAGUGAUGACCCUGGGCGGCAGAUUGCCCGGGUUCAUUUGCACAAGCGGGUAAUUGUUCCUCCGAAUGCAGUCAAGCGGAUCACCGGCAUUAUAGACCAACGUUUAGAGGAUUUCAUGUUUAACCCUUAGGAUGGUUUACUGCUCCUAGUUCCCGGUUCGGUUUACAGGGCUGGGAAAACAGAACCCAUCUGAUAGGCACCUUAAGGUAACCUGCUCUGAGGUGCUGGGGGAAACUAAAAAAAAAAUUGAAGGGAAGGGAGAUGGGAUCGCUCCCUGUUGAAAAAUGGGUUCACCUGGAUCGCGGUUCCUCUACCGAAUUACAGGCAAGCAGCCGUACUAUUGGGGCUAAUGGUUCAGCUUGUAGGUGGAGCCAGUCCAGUACAAGUCGGUCAGGGUGAGGCCAGUGGGCGUUACCGAUGGGCAGCUGCCCAUCGACCCGUUACGGGUGGAACAGGAGAAGGUUCCUACCCUGGGUUCACUAGCGAGGUGGGAGAGCUUGUCACCUCAGCCUGGCGGAUAAGGUUUCUCACCCUCAUGGAGCGAGCUAGGAUUAACCAUCUGGCACUCUAUGGGGUGUAGUGAGGAAAAAAGGGACUGGAGGAGAUCUGUCCUCCAUUUGUCACGAAGGGAUUUCGAUUCCCUUUGCAUUUUUGGGUUAGCUUAGCGCGUUUAGGACCCUAUAUGUUUUUCUGUACGGGAGGGACCAGCCGAGUCGCCUCCUCUUUGUGUCUGUUGUGUUCGUUGUUUUCGUCUAUCUUUUUUGUAUAUUUAGGCCAUGUAGGAAAUGCUUCAUGGUCCGCUUUGGAGGGGAGUGUUUUAAAUGGCCCUUUUUCGCAUAAUGGCAGCGCUGACGCCCCCUUCCUGCACCUGGGGGACCUAGGUUGGGUACUGGUGCUCCAGUCUCUCAACCGAACGGGAAUGCUAUGUGUUGCACAGCCCGGGUAAGAUGGUGCCUCGACAGGGGAGGGCCAGCGGCAGCCCACUGCUAUGGGAAAGUGGAGCUUUCUGGGAAGGGGGGACCCUCCUGGGAUAUGGGUUUUUGUAUGGGUUUUAUAUUUUUAUAUAUAUAUACCAUUGUUCUAUAUGUUUUGUAUGGGUUUUUUAAAGAACCUCAAAACUCUAGGUUUUUAGGUGUUAUUACGGGUUUUUACCGUUUUCAUGUUACGGGUUUUUAAAGUUUAAAGUGUUGAACAAGUUUUUAGCACAGUUGUGCCAAGUGUUUUGGAUAGUUUUGGAGUUUUUAUUUAUAAAAGAACGGAAUAUGUUUAUGGCUAAUUACGGGUAGCAAAUUAUAAUUAAUUUUGGGAAUGCAGACUUGGGACAGAACAAUGCUGCAUAAGUACUUUUUGCCAAAUUUUAAGGAGCAUUGUGUACAUAAAAGACCAAAGGGAAUUUUUAAAAGGGCUUGUAUUUACUCAUGCCCAGCCGGGAGAUAAGGUCUCCUGGUUGGGGUGCCUAUAGGGAGUGGAGAAUUUUUUCCUCCCUCUGCCUGGUGUCUGGUUUGGAUAGCGUCCAUUUGGGUUGGAAACUCGAGGGACCGAGUUUUAUAGAACGGGGGGGACUGUUGUAGUAAGUCACCCCACCCCCCAUAUAGGUCUUCCACCGGGAGAUGGCGCUGGACCCCUUUUAGACGCUGGAGGACGUUGGAUCCCUUGGCUCAUUGUAUUUGAAGCUGAACUCACACGGAAUAGACAGGAACUAAGGACCUCACUCCAGAAAACUACUGGUAGGUGACUUAUUCCUUAUAUUCUUAGCUUCAGGUAUCAACCUAGUGGUCAAGCUGGGGGCGCGACC